AGGCCCCACCCUAGCAAAGAGAAAGCAAGGGUCCCAGCGUCCGGCGCCGACAAGCUGCUUUCCCUGCCCGGGCCCCUCUUUUUCCUCUUUUUUCGGAUCCCAAGGGCCCGUGAAGAUGGGGCUCCCGCCCUUACCCCGCCCAGCACCUGGUGUGAGAAAAGCCCUCGCCCACUCGUCUCUUUCUCAGUCCUUUGGCGAGUCAGAGCCCCGGCCCCGCCCAGGGCGCUAAUCUAACUGUUAUUGCUUAACUUCAGAGCGCUGCCCCGACUUCAGCUCGGGUUUCCAGCCCGCUGUGUCUUCACCGCGGAGGCCCACGCCCGGUGUCCGUCCCCGCGCGCCAUGAGCCCCGCGCGCCCGCGCGCCCGCGCGGUGCUGAGCCUCCUGGGCGGGCUGGGCCCGCAGCUGCUGCUGCUACUCCUGCGUCCUCCGGCUGCGUCGGGUGCCUGCAGCCUUCCUCCAGAUGUGCCUAAUGCCCAAGCAACUUUGGGAGGACUUACAAGUUUUCCUGAACAAAGCACAGUAACCUACAAAUGUAACAAAGGCUUUGUAAAAGUUCCUGGCAAGGCAGACUCAGUCGUCUGUCAGAAUAAUAAAUGGUCAGAGCUUGCAGAAUUUUGUAAUCGUAGCUGUGAUGUUCCAACCAGGCUACUUUUUGCAUCUCUCAAAAAGUCUUAUAGCCAACAGAAUUAUUUCCCAGAAGGUUCCACUGUGGAAUAUGAGUGCCGUCAGGGCUACAUACGGGACCCUUCUCUCUCAGGAAACAUAACUUGUCUUCAGAAUUUUGUGUGGUCCAAACCUGAUAGAUUUUGUAAAAAAAAAUCAUGUCCUAAGCCUAGAGAAAUAGAAAAUGGUCAUGUCAAAAUAACAACUGACAUACUACUUGGUGCGACCAUCUAUUUUUCAUGUAACACAGGGUACAAAUUAGUUGGUGCAGCUUCUAGUUUCUGUGCUCCUAUGGGAAAUACUGUUGGGUGGUCUGCUGGAUUUCCAGAAUGCCAAAAAAUCUUAUGUCCAGAACCACCAAAAGUUGAACAUGGAAUGAUUCAAGAGAAACAAAACAGUUAUGCAUAUGGACAGUCUGCAACAUAUAAAUGUAUGGAAGGCUUCACCCUACAUGGAGAGAGCUCUAUCUAUUGUACUGUAAAAGAUGACCAAGGAGAGUGGAGUGGCCCCCUACCUCAAUGCAGAGAAACUGAUGUCUCACCAACAGUUCUGAAAUCCACUGAAGUAAAUGUUCCAGCAGCAAAAAGUACAGCUGUUCCCAGGACAACCCUGCGUUUGCAUGCAACAAGCGCACCUAAAGGAAGAGGAAGCACUCCUUCAGUUGCUAGCACCAUUGCAUCGGGUAAGUGUGACUCUCUGAGAGUCCGCAGAAUUUGUCAUCGCAUUUGGAUAUAUAAUUCCUGGAAAAGAAUAUUGUUUUUUUACUGUCUUUGUUGUUGCUGUUAGGUCACUAAGUCGUGACCAACUCUUUGUGAUCCUAUGGACUGUAGCAUGUCAAGCUCCUCUAUCCUCCACUAUCUUCCAGAGUUUGGUCAAAUUCAUGUCCAAUGAGUUGGUGAUACUGUCUUAGGGAUACUAUCAGAAUACAGUAUGUGUGGGUGCCAAAGAGAAAACAGGUAAAGGCAUCUUAUCGACAAGAGCAUUCGCCACCAUGUUCUUGUUCCAGGGUAAUCUGAGGAGAGCUUCAAAUCAUUUGGCCAGUCAGUCAAGUAUUAUUGCAUGCCUAGUGGCUCACUGCAUCUCAUUUUAGUGCCUAAGAAUCACCAGAGGAGAGAGUUACCCAUACAGUGUCUAUCCUCAAGUGUUUUAUAAUUAAUCCUAAACUACUCAUUGACUAUUUCUAGAUUUGUCCUGUCCCAAGUAAAACAAAGAGUGUUACUUUUGGUUAUAUCUUCUUCCUUUUCCCUUCCCAGUCAGUGGUUUAAAGUUUCGUUUCUCCAAAAACUGCUCUGUUGCUGUAGGCAUGAGACCAAAAACAUACCUCUUGUUGUGAUUUCUUCUAUCAUUUUGUCCAGUCCUUUUUUGUUCGUAAAUAUAUCAUCUGAUGUUAUGUAUUAACAAGAUGAAUAAGAUCAUAAAAGAAAUGUCUGUUAAGAAGCUAUACAGCUAAAUUGGCAUAUUGAUAAGUAAUGUCUAAUGGAAAAUACACUUAAAAAAUUUGUAAAAAACACUUUGAUUUAUGUGUUUAUAAGCUGAAAGCUCAUCUUAUGCAUGCAUGAAUUAGCCAUGUGACUAUGAAACUGAAAGUAAUACUUGCUUUUAUUAUUUUCAGUUACUUAUUAUAGUUUUUAUGUUUUAAGCAAAACUCUUUUAAGCUAAAAGAUUUAUUUUGAAAGAUUCCAACUGCUGCAAUUCAUUUUGUCCAUUCUAUAUUUUAAAUAAAAAUAAAUGUAUUCUAAGUGAAAAUCUCAUGAUCUAAUGGCUUAAUGACAUUUUUAAUAGAUGAAGUUAAAAUUUAAUAGAUACGCUUUUUCUUCUAGUUCAGUGGCAUUCAGUGAAAAUUUGAGGUGCUUAUUAUUUUUUCUGAAAUUCUUUAAGUAUAUAUUGUGUGAUUUUCCAGAAACUUUCCCUUAGGGUUAGUUGUAAUUCCAACCUGUGCUUAAAAAUAAAGAGGAAUUCCUUCUCUCUUAUAUCAGA